AUGAAUUCGAAAAAAUUUGUUAGAACAAGUCAAUGUUACAAUCCUUCUUUUAAUAUUGGCUCAAAUUAUGAUUGCAUUUGGUUGUAUGACUCAAAGCCUUAAUUUGAAUUAGAGAAGCUUUCUCAAAUAUAAAUUUUGCUGAAUAAUAAUUCACCUUCCUUAAAUUAUUGCCCUAUAUGUUAAAAUAAAACAUUUUAUGUAAUCUAUAGAUAAGUAGUAGAUGCUGCUUACGAAGAGGUUCAAUUUAGAAUAAUUGAUCAAAUAAGUUAAACAUAUUAAUAAUAAGAUUCAAACGAAAUACUAUAAAUUAUGUUUUUAUCAAAUGAAGAAGAAGAAAAAAAAAAGGUUUUUUACUUAAUCUAAGAAAAUUGUUCAACCGAGAAUUCGAGAUAGAGAUCUAAUUUUGAGCAAACUUCAAUAAUCAAUAAUAAAUACCGGUUCCAUAAUCCUCCAUUAUUUGAUUUUGAAAAAGAUAGUGAAAAUACAAUAACAACCUUUAGAGAUUAUUUUAGUAACAAUUCUAUUCAUUUUUUUUUCAUUUUUAUAAAGUUUGAAAGAACAGAUAUCAUGAUUUAAAGAAUUACUAAAAUAAUUAAGAAAAUCUAUCAUUUAGAAAGAAACAGAAUAGCUUUAAUUGUAAAUUAAUGUGAAUGUGAAUAAUACUAAAAGUUAGAGUUACAAAAAAGAUUUAGUUACUUUGGCUUUAAAACUAUAGAGUUUUUUUCAAACGAUUCCCCUUAAGAUAUAUGCAAUGCCCUGUUUAAAACUUUAGAAAAUGUAGAUGCAUAAAGAUUUGAUUUUUCUAAUACAAUUUUUGAAUAAGAAAAUGAGAUUGCAGAUCAAUAAUAAUAAUAAAUGAAAGAAAAUCUUAUAAACGUUAGCAAGCAAAUUGAAGCAGAUUAAAUAUAGAAAUUUAAAACCUAAAUGGCUUAGGAUAAAGAAUAAUAAGAAAUAUUAAACAGGGAAAUUAGAGAUUUAGAGGAGACAUUGUAUAAGAAAAGAGAAUAAUAAAGAGAUAUAUCAUAUAAAAUUAGAUAAGAUUAAUAAGAAUUAUAUGAUUGGGAAAGAUAGUAUCGAAAAUUUAAGUAUUGA